AUUAUUCAAAUGCAGCCGUACCUAUAAAAGGAGUGCCUGCCUGCGUCAGAUAGUUCUCUCCAAUGGCUAAAGGUGACUAAAUAUUAGUAGUGCCAGUCUCGCCCUAUCGGCAGGGGAUGAGAUGAUGGACGACUCCGGUGGAGUCCAAAUGGCGAGGACGCUGAAACACGCAGCCCUGUGCCUGAUGCUGCUGCCCCGGUUCCUCCUGGCCGCCGUCAUGCUCUGGCUCCUGGAUUUCUUGUGCAUCAGGAGGAAAGUGCUGCUGAAAAUGGGCGAGCGACAGGACGGGCCGGACGACCCGCCGGUGUGCGUGUCCGACUACAACAAGAUGUUCACCUGGGAGUCGCUCAGGGCCGUGUGGCACGGCCAAAAACUGGACUUUCUCAAAUCUGCGCACCUCGGGCAGGCUGCGCCCAACACCGAGGUGGUGCUGGUCCAGGAGCGAAAGCAGGUCCGACUCCUGGACUGCAUGAAAGGGAAGAGACCGCUCAUUCUGAACUUUGGCAGCUGCUCCUGACCGCCGUUCAUGACGCGCCUGGCGGCGUUUCAGCGCGUCGUGCGGCAGUACGCGGACAUUGCGGACUUUUUGGUUGUAUAUAUCGAAGAGGCGCAUCCCUCGGACGGGUGGGUGAGCUCGGACGCGCCGUACCAGAUCCCCAAGCACCGCUGCUUGGAGGACCGGUUGAGAGCCGCUCAGCUGAUGCUCACUGAGAUACCGGGGAGUAACAUGGUGGUGGACAACAUGGAUAACUCGUCCAACGCCGCGUACGGAGCCUACUUUGAGAGACUUUACAUCGUGAUGGAUGAGACGGUGGUUUAUCAGGGAGGCAGGGGUCCGGAGGGGUACCGGAUCUCGGAGCUGAAAUGCUGGCUGGAGCAGUACAGGAAGGAGCUGCUGGUUUCCCAAACAGCAGUCCUGUGCGUGUAGCUGAUUCCCCAACAUCCAGAUGCUGCUAAAACCGUCACACAUGGCACAUAGGUCGCUUAAAACAUCCAGAACUCUUAACAGAUAUAGAAGAUUUCAUGAUGACGCAUCUAGAUCUCAUUUAGACUGUCAGGUUGUGCGUCAUGACGUUAAUUGAUCGCUAUUUUCUUGGAUUUUUUUUAUGAUGGAAAAAUGUUAAAGCAAUUGAAUUUAGCUUCAGUUGGUGAUCACUUUAUUUUUCUACAGUGUGUGUGUGUGUGUGUGUGUGUGUGUGUGUGUGUGUGUGUGUGUGUGUGUGUGUGUGUGUGUGUGUGUGUGCGUGCGCGCGUGUGCGUGUUUGAGAAAGCGAGAGAACAUGAGUUCAGGCUGAAAUCUUCCUCUGGCGUCUGUGUGAAGUUCGGUUUUUAAACGGCGCAUCCAGAAAACCGACACUGAUGUUCCUGACACCAGCAGCGGGACCACAUGAGCUGGAUGCUCUCCUCACUGCUCGACUGUGAUGUUGAAACGAUGUAACUGAACAAAAUGUUUGUAAUAAAUAACAGAUUGCA